GAGUUAGAGUCAAUGAAGUUAUGUACAUUCAUACAUCAGCACAUCUAAUGAAAUUAAAACGUGAUUGAAUUUUUAAUAAAAAAAAACAAAAACAAAAUAAAUUACCAUUUACACAUUCAUAAUAACAAAGGAGAAAAUGAAUAUUCCACUUCGUCAUUUCAUUAUUUACUUCAUCGCUUUAACUGCUUUAAGAGGAAAUUUUGUAUGGUCAAAGAACACAAAAAUUGAAAACUAUGGAAUACAACAAUCCACUGGAAUCUGUCAACUAUAUAAUGGAACGAUUUGUCGCGAAUAUCUGGCAAAUUGCUCUGUGUUUAUAGCACCAAAUGUUACAAUGAAUGACUUAGAGGAGCGACUUAAAGCGGCCCAUGGCGUAAUAAAAGAAUCAAAAGACAUGAAUUCCAACUGCCGAAAAUAUGCGCUGCCGAGUUUAUGCUUGAGUUCGCUGCCAAUUUGUAGAACUCCUGAGCGAACCAAUUUGUUGUAUUUCGCCAAUUUGGCUGUUUAUACAAAUCUGUACACGGGAAAUGACACAAGAAAAAAGCGAUUCGUUUCCAGAGAUCACAAGAGUACUAAUUUUUUUCUUAAAAAGAAAUCAAUCUUCUACGAUGAUGUCUUCAGCAAGGAUGUGUCCAGCAAAUACCCACCGACAAAAGAAUCAGAGAAUUUAAAACGCAUUUGUCGCGAAGAAUGCGAACUAUUGGAAAAUGAGUUAUGCCAAAAGGAAUAUGCAAUAGCAAAACGGCAUCCAGUAAUUGGCAUGGUUGGAGUUGAAGAGUGCCAAAAACUGCCACAACACAAAGAUUGCUCCUCCCUGGGCAUAACUAUUGAAGUGGACGAAACCGAUGAUUGCUAUUGGCAAGAUGGCUCAAGGUAUAGAGGCAUUCAAAAUGUCAGCGUCUCAGGAAAAGCAUGCUUACGCUGGUCCUGGUUGAUGAAGGAAAUUUCCGACUUUCCAGAACUUAUAGGACAUAACUAUUGCAGAAAUCCAGGAAGUUCUCAAAAUUCGCCUUGGUGCUUUGUUGAUGACAAAUCAUUAGAUCGCAUCAUAGAGCCUUGUCAAGUUCAAAAAUGUGCCAUAAAACUGUGGUUAAGCACAGCAUCAAUAAUAUUACUGAUUGUUGUACUUAUUGUUGCUACCUACUUUAUCAUAACUUGCAAAAGAAAAAAUUCAGAUGGAAUGAAAAAUAUACAAAAUAUUAACACACCGAAUGCCGGAAAUAAUAUAUAUGGAAAUUCGCAGUUAAACUCAAAUCAAGAUAUGGGAAGAAUUCCUUUGAAUAGUUCCAUGGAACACGUGGGAAUGCCAUCCAAAAGCAUGGAGAAGAGUUCACUGCUGAGAAUACCACACUUCACAUUACAAGAUGUUGAAUUUUUCGAAGAGUUAGGCGAGGGAGCAUUCGGAAAAGUAUACAAAGGACAACUGAAGCAAGCUAAUAAGAAAAUCGUAAAUGUUGCAAUUAAGGCUUUGAAAGAAAAUGCAUCGGUUAAAACGCAACAGGACUUUAGACGUGAGAUUGAAUUAAUAUCGGACCUCAAGCAUCAAAAUAUUGUGUGCAUAUUAGGCGUCAUAUUAAAUAAGGAACCUUACUGCAUGCUUUUUGAGUACAUGGCAAACGGGGACUUGCAUGAGUUCUUAAUCUCAAAUUCGCCAAUGGAAAAGAAACAAUUAUUGCAAUUGGAGUUCCUACAAAUUGCGAUGCAGAUUAGUGAAGGCAUGGAGUAUUUAUCGGGCCAUCAUUAUGUUCAUCGUGAUUUGGCAGCUCGAAACUGUUUGGUCAACGAGGGAUUAGUUGUGAAAAUAUCCGAUUUUGGAUUGUCCCGCGACAUUUACAGUUCCGACUACUAUAGAGUACAAUCAAAAUCCUUGCUUCCUGUUCGUUGGAUGCCAUCCGAGUCGAUUUUGUAUGGAAAAUUUACAACAGAAAGUGACAUCUGGUCGUUUGGAGUCGUUCUUUGGGAAAUCUAUAGUUAUGGCAUGCAGCCUUACAGUGGCUACAGCAAUCCAGAAGUCAUCCAUUUAAUACGAUCAAGACAAUUACUCUCAUGUCCGGAGAAUUGUCCGACUGCAGUGUAUUCACUAAUGAUUGAAUGCUGGCAUGAACAGGCCGUGAAACGUCCAACGUUUGCUGACAUUUCUCAUCGAUUGAGAACUUGGUAUGAGGGCCACAUCAAAAUUGACAACAAUAAAGCAUAAAUUUAGAAACUGCCAUAUGAGGAAUUAAGAAAAAACAUAUAUUGAAUAACUGGUCUGAGUUUUUACCUUAUCGAAUAACAAAUAGUAUCUUAAGUGUACCAUAAAGACUUUAACAAAACGAAAUAAAAUGUGCAUUUAUAACUGGUUUUAUUUUUAACAUUAUUUGGCAACUGCCACAUUUGAAAUUUUUUCUUUUCCACUAAUUGCAUAUCUAGAUUAAAUAACAUCAAGAAAUAUUGUAAUUAUAUCUUCCGUUUUGAAUGACGUAGUGUUGUAUUGUACUCAAAAUAAUAAUCGAUCUUGACCUACACAUGCAUGUAAAUAUUUACAGUACGUCACUUGAAUAUUAUACACAAAUUCUAAUGAAUACCUAACUCAUAGAACAAAAUAAAACAAAACUU